AUGGUCGAAUCCGUUGACGAGCCUCCUUUACGUGGUUUUCACUCAUGGGUUAGGAAUCUUUCAUCUCCUCGAAAGAUAUUCGAAAAAGACGAAGAGAACAACUCUUCCUCCAACAAUAACAAUAACAUCCUCCCCCAACAUGCUGUCCACACAGAUUCAGUUCGUGGUCGAACUACACCCUCAGAGACCGGCGUCCACUGCUCGGAUACCCAGCCCCAAGUCGCACAUGUUGUGGAUAAGAAAGGAGAUGGAACGCAACCUGCCACCAUGACAACAGGCGACGGCGAGAACAAACCGCCCAAAGCUCCAAUCCACCAACGUUUCGUUCGAGAUGUGAAACGUAUCAUCACAGCCAGUUGGAUCAACUGGCUCCUAGUCUUCGUCCCUGUCGGCAUCGUUCUGGGUGCCGUCGAAGAUUGGGCAGGAGUACCUAUCGUGAGCCCGAGCGUCAUCUUCGCGCUCAACGCUGUGGCUAUCAUCCCCUUGGCGUCCCUACUGGCCUUUGCAACAGAGAGCGUGGCUCUUCGACUUGGAGAUAGUUGGGGAGCCUUGUUGAAUGUCACCUUUGGCAAUGCUGUAGAGAUUAUUAUCUUCAUCCUUGGUCUGAUUGCAAACGAGGUCCGCAUUGUGCAAGCCGCUGCUCUUGGUUCCAUCUUGUCCAACCUACUGCUCAUUCUCGGAAUGGCCUUUGUCCUCGGUGGACUACGUUAUCGAGAGCAGGUCUAUAACUCGACUGUCUCGCAAAUGAGCGCUUGCCUACUCAGUUUGAGCGUCAUCAGCUUGCUCCUGCCCACCGCCUUUCAUGCCGCUUUCGCUGACGACAAUCUGGCCAAUCGUGUCGUGCUCAAGGUUUCCCGGGGCACCAGCGUGGUUCUCCUACUGGUCUAUAUCCUGUACCUAAUCUUUCAGCUCAAGUCGCAUGCCUUUAUGUACGAAAGCACACCACAGCAUGUCAUCGACGAAGAGUCACAUCCUGGAGUCCUCGCUCAAAUGCUCGACUCUUCCAGCUCUUCAAGCGAUGAUUCAUCGUCAACUGACUCAGACUCGACUGCCGGCUCUCACAAGACUGCCAACAGAAUCAAGCGAGCUCUUCGCCGCAAGCGACGCAAGUCCAGUUCGAGCACUAAGGAUGAGCCAAUCGGUUCGUUUACGAGGAGUACAACAAACAGCGAUACCUUGGUCAACUCUCCCAUCAACAACGAUGAAGCUGUGGCUAGUGGUGACGAGGCUGAUAGUGAGACUCGACGGAGAGGUCGAAACGGUCACAUGGUUCAGACUCGGGACUUCGAAAACGAAUCUGUGCAGGAAAAGCGUCACAAGAAGAAGAAGAAGACCAGAAAAGCUCGCAAGAUAGAUCCGGAAAAGCAAUCCGAGAGUAUUGAGCUGAAGGAGCAAUCUACAAAACCUGUUCCCAGCAUUCAAGUUGGAUUUGCCGACAAGGUGGAAGAGAUUCCAGAUAACUCAACCACCCGCCACCAUGCUCGGAACUUGACCAAUGCUAUCAAGCCGGUCCUCAAUUCAGCCAAUUUUCCGCACCACGAGGCAACUACCCGUUGCUUGGCCCCUCCCGCUCUACGACCUCUUGACCGCACCAUCAGCGGCAGUGUACGUCGAGCCUCUUCUAUGCCAGAUAUUCAGCGUCAGCAAAGUUCAUUUACUAGAUCAGCUUCGCCUCGACCUGCUAGUAACGCUGGACACUCGGACGCUGAUGUACAGAUCGUCGAAACGGUUGACCCAGAGCAGACACAUUUGUCGACUACCUCGGCAAUCGUCUUACUCCUUUGCACGACUGCACUUGUUGCAUUGUGUGCCGAGUUCCUUGUUGGUAGCAUCGAUUAUCUGGUCUCUACCAGUGGUGUCAGCCAGGCUUUCAUUGGUCUUAUCAUCCUUCCCAUCGUCGGUAAUGCUGCCGAGCACGUUACCGCUGUCACUGUGGCAUUCAAGAACAAGAUGGAUUUGGCCAUCAACAUUGCUCUUGGCAGCAGUAUCCAGAUCGCGUUGUUCGUUACUCCACUGAUGGUCAUGCUUGGAUGGGCGAUUGGUGUUGAAAUGAGCUUGUACUUCAGCCUCUUUGAGACUAUGAGUCUCUUUGCUUCUGCUUUCAUCGUCGGUUACUUGAUGAUUGACGGACGCAGUAACUGGCUUGAGGGAACACUGCUAAUCGCAGCAUAUGUGAUUAUCGCUAUCAGUGCAUUCUUCAUUCCAACAUGUGGUUUAUCUGACACUAACGGUUUGGUCGACAGUCCUGGCUCAUGCUAG